AUGAGAAGCCGUCGGAUAAAACCGAUAAAGAAUGAGAGGUUUGUCACCAUCAGGGAGAAUCCGAAUGGCAAAGGCAAAGAAAAGAAGGUUGGAGAUGGUGAAGAUAGUGAGAAGGUAGCUGCGGCUACCGAUGACUUUCUUAUCAUUUAUGAAGGCGAUGCCGUCAAUGUCGCUUGCCAGGAGACUAAUUGGGUGAUCGAUAGCGGUGCUUCGAUUCAUGUCACAUCGCGAAGGAAUUUCUUCAGGUCCUACACUCCCGGUGACUUCGGAAGUGUUAGGAUGGGAAAUGAUGGUAUUGCUAAGGCAGUUGGCAUGGGAGACGUGCACUUGGAGACUGAAAAUGGAAACAUCUUAGUUUUGAGAGGUGUGAAGCAUGUUCCCAACAUUCGCAUGAAUUUGAUAUCUACCGGCAAGCUCGAUGAUGAAGGGUUUUGUAGCACCUUUCGAGACGGAAAGUGGAAACUCACGAAGGGAUCCUUGAUUGUGGCGAGAGGGCAGAAGUGUUCCUCACUGUACGUGAUGAACGUGAAGAUUGCGGAUCCUAUGAUAAAUACGGUGGAUGAUGAACACAUUGUAGAACUUUGGCACAACCGACUUAGCCACAUGAGCGAGAAGGGCUUGACAGUGUUGGCCAAGAAGAAUCUCCUCCCAGAUCCAGUCCAUAUACCUACUGUGUAUCCUGAUCAAGGAGGAGCGACACCAGAGGUUGAUAUUGGUCAUGAAAAUGGUGAUGUCCCCACAGUUGAUGAUGUUGAGGCAACUGAUGAAGUUGAAGAAGGGAAAUUCGACUCCUUCAUGAUGAGUCAUGGGUACAGCCGGACAUCGUCCGACCAUUGUGUGUUCGUCAAGAGGUAUUCCGAUGAUGAUUUUAUUAUUCUCCUCUUGUACGUUGACGAUAUGCUGGUCAUAGGCCAUGAUACUAGCAAGAUUGCUCAGUUGAAGAAAGAGUUAAGCAAGUCUUUUGCGAUGAAAGACUUGGGAGCGGCGAAAAAUAUACUCGGUAUGAAGAUCUCUCGUGAUAGAAAGAAUGGGAGACUAUGGUUGUCCCAGGAAGACUACAUCGAGAAGGUACUUGAGAUGUUUAACAUGAGCAAGGCAAGGGUGGAGAAAAAUGUUGUGUUCAGUGAUAGCCAAAGCGCUAUCCACCUCUCUAAGAACUCGUCAUUUCACUCGAGGUCCAAACACAUUGAAGUGAGGUAUCACUGGAUUCGAAACGUUCUCGAAUCAAAACAAUUGCACUUAGCAAAAGUGCACACGAGUGAGAAUGGUGCAGACAUGAUGACGAAGACUUUGCCGAAAGAGAAGCUUGAAGUAUGUCGGCGAAGAGCGGGCUUGUUGGAGCCCACCACUUGA